GUGAUUAAUCGUGGAGAGUUCAGGACACGACCACAAACGCCGUGCAGACUUGAAAUUAGCUGCCUUCCCCCGGCCCCCUUGCCAAGAUGGGAGUGGGGGCCGGGCCGUGAGGGGUGGGGGCCCCGCCUGCUGGAGGCCAGCAUGGAACUCUCCCCGGCGGAGCUCAGAGUGACACCGACAACGGGCGAUCGGCCGCGGCCAGAGCCGCAGGCGGCAUCCGGGGGGGACGGGGCCGGCCGGGGGGCCCCAGGCGGGCUUCCUGGAACCCCGCUCCGCGGCCGUCUGCACCCUGACCCUGCCCGAUAAGAGCCCGGCCGCUGCCGCUCUAUCGGAGCCCGGGGAGCGCCGGCCCCGCGAGGGAGGCCGGGCCGGGGGUCCUCCGAGGCCAUGUUCCCAGCGCACAGCCUCGUCUCCUGAACCCCGCGCCGGUGGGCUGGCUCGUCUCAGCGAUAAAGAAAGUCGAGCUGCCUCCAGGCGGACGCGGCGACGCGGGCAGAGAAUGUUCGGACCUGCCGGGUGGUGACCACCAUGUCGGUGAGGGUGCGCUUCCUGUCCUCCGGGGACGCGGGGACCGUGGGGGUCAUGGGCCGGAGCGCCUCCUUCGCGGGCUUCAGCAGCGCCCAGAGCCGGAGGAUCGCAAAGUCCAUCCACAGGAACUCAGUGAGGUCCCGGAUGCCCGUGAAAUCCUCCAAGACGUAUGGCACGCUGCGGAAGGGGUGCGUCUGCUCGGACCCCAAGCCCCAGCAAGUGAAGAAGAUCUUCGAAGCGCUGAAGAGGGGACUCAAGGAACAUUUGUGCGCCCAGCAGGCCGAGCUGGAUUACCUGACGGGACGCCACAAGGACACCCGCAGGAAUUCCAGGCUGGCUUUCUAUUACGACCUGGACAAGAAGCAAACACGCUCAGUGGAGAGGCACAUUCGGAAGAUGGAGUUUCACAUCAGCAAGGUGGACGAGCUCUACGAGGGCUACUGCAUCCAGUGCCGCCUGCGCGACGGCGCUUCCAACAUGCAGCGGGCCUUCGCCCGGUGCCCGCCCAGCCGCGCCUCCCGAGAGAGCCUGCAGGAGCUGGGCCGCAGCCUGCAGGAGUGCACCGAGGACAUGUGGCUCAUCGAGGGGGCCCUGGAGGUUCACCUGGGCGAGUUCCACGUCAGGAUGAAAGGCUUAGUGGGCUACGCACGUCUUUGUCCUGGAGACCAGUACGAGGUACUCCUGCGUCUGGGCCGCCAGCGCUGGAAGCUGCGGGGCCGCAUCGAGUCGGACGACAGCCAGACCUGGGACGAGGAGGAGAAGGCCUUCAUUCCUACCCUGCACGAGAACUUCGAGAUCAAGGUGACGGAGCUGCGCGGCCUGAGCUCGCUGGCGGUGGGCGCGGUGACCUGCGACAUCACCGACUUCUUCACCACCCGGCCGCAGGUCAUCGUGGUGGACAUCACAGAGUUGGGCACCAUCAAGCUGCAGCUGGAGGUGCUGUGGAACCCAUUUGAUACCGAGAGCUUCCUGGUGUCACCCAGCCCCCCGGGCAAGUUCUCCAUAGGCAGCAGGAAAGGCUCCUUGUACAACUGGACACCCCCAAACACCCCCAGCUUCCGGGAGAGAUACUACCUGUCUGUCCUGCAGCCGCGGGCACAGCAGGCCUUGCUGCUGGACAGGCCAAGGGCCCCCUCCGUCCUCAGCUGCCUGUCCGACGGCGACCUUCAGGGCCCUGGCCUGAGGAGCCGCAGUCAGGAGCUGCCCGAGAUGGACUCCUUCAGCUCCGAGGACCCCCGAGACAUGGAGACCAGCACGUCGGCCUCCACCUCGGAUGUGGGCGUCCUGCCCUCGGCCAUGGGCCCCAACACCUCCAUCGAAGAGGAGGCCCAAGAGGACCCCCCACCCCUGGGCCUCCUGCCGGACAUGCUGCACUUGGCGGAGGGCUCGUUUGUGGAGCAGCCGGGCUGGAGAGACUUGGGGGUGGGAACCCCCGACCUGUCACGGGGCUCCCCCUUCCACAACCACGCGCUCCCGGGGAGCCAGGAGGGCCCCGACGAAGGAGACCCUGAGGACACGGCGGGUGGGCCUGGGCUGCCCCUUGAGAGGCCUCUGCAGGAGGUCCUGGACUUGCUGAGGUCCAUGGACCCUGCACCGCCGCAGCUCCGGGAGCUGGAGUACCAGGUCCUCACCUUCCGGGACCGGCUGAAGCCCCGCCGAGCUUGCCGGGAGCAUGCGUCCGCCGAGAGCCUGAUGGAGUGCAUCCUGGAGAGCUUCUCCUUCCUCAACGCCCACAUCGCCCCCCACGAGCUGGCCCUGUUUGGGGGAGCCCAGGGCCUGCGAAAGGACAGGAGUCCACCUCCACCACCAUCGCUGAGAGCGUCGUCCCGGGAGCUCACGGCUGGCGCCCCAGAGCUGGACGUGCUGCUCACGGUUCACCUCCAGGUCUGCAAAGCACUGCUGCAGAAACUGGGCUCCCCUAAUCUGUCGAGGAUGGUCCAGGAGUGCCUUCUGGAAGAAGCUGCGCAGCAGAAGCAGGUUCUGGAGACGCUGUCCGUGCUUGACUUUGAGAAGGUCAGCAAAGCGAUGUCCAUUGAGGAGAUCCUCCCCCAGGCCACGCGGAGGAAGGGCUGCCUGAAGCUCUGGAGAGGCUGCAUGGGGCCCGGCACCACCCUAUCCUGCCCGGGGACGACGCUGCUGGACCAGCUCAAGAAGACGUUCCUGCACAGAGUCAGGGGGAAAUACCCGGGACAGCUAGAGAUAGCCUGUCGCAGGCUCCUGGAGCAGGUGGUCAGCUGCAGUGGGCUGCUGCCUGGAGCCGGGCUCCCCGAGGAACAGACCGUCACCUGGUUCCAGUUUCACAGCUACCUGCGGAGGCAGAGCGUCUCCGACCUGGAGAAGCACUUCGCCCAGCUCACCAAGGAAGUAACGCUCUUGGAGGAGCUGCAGUGCGGGCCCCAGGCCAGGACAGUCAGGAAGCUGCAGGGGAAGCGGCUGGGCCAGCUCCAGCCCCUGCCGCAGACGCUGAGGGCCUGGGCGCUGCUCCAGCUGGACGGACCCCCUCGGGCGUGCAGAGCGGCCAGCGCCCGCCUGGCCGGUGCGGCCAGAAACAAGAGCUUUCGCGAAAAGGCCUUGCUCUUCUACACCAACGCCCUGACCGAAAAUGAUGCAAAACUCCAGCAAGCUGCAUGCGUGGCGCUAAGACAUCUCCGGGGUGUGGAAAGCAUCGAUCAGAUCGCCAGCCUGUGCCAGUCUGACGUGGAGGGUGUGCGUGCGGCUGCCCGGGAAACCACGCUGUCCUUUGGGGAGAAAGGCCGCUUGGCUUUUGAGAAGAUGGACAGACUCUGCUCAGAACAGAGAGAAGCGGCCUUUGGCCAGGAGGCAGAUGUUGAAAUCACAAUCUUUUAAAAAGCCUCAGCUGACGGGCUCAAAUCCGGCGUCCCUGUCUGUGCUGUGCCUGGCCCCGACACAGGGAGGAUUUGGGGGGGGGGGUGCGGCAGUGGGGGGCAGGCUGAGCGCUCCCCAGAAGUGUCAGCUGGCCGAGCUGCUUCCUGACCGUCCCGGCCAGUUACGAAGCCCCGGGGCAGAGCAAGCACCGCACUUUGAGGGCCGUACUCCGGUCCGCCUUUGGCUUUGAGCAGCGGCCUGACCCCCAGGCUGCAGAGCCGGGUCAGGGCCCGCCGGCCCUGCUGUGGGGAGGCCGAGGCUGGGAGUCAGCAGGAUAGCCGGCUCGGCGCCAUCUGGUUCCCUCAAGCCCGGGACCGAGGCGGCGAAUGGGUGGCUGACCCUGCCAAGGUGGCAACGCGGGUCGGGCCUGGCCACAGCACAGGCUGUCGCCGUGGGAGGGGGUCGGGGGCCACGCGGGAGGGCCCAGCCGGGGUCUCCGCUGUUCUCUUCACCCGACACGCAGCCCCGAUGCCCGUGGAGCCGGGCAGCGGCCUGCCAACCACGGACCUUGCUCUCACUGUGGUUCCACACCAGGAAACAAGGACGGGGCCCCAGCCGAGAAGCCCGAGUGCCCUGUGCUGUGACCUUCACCAGGCAGAACAGAGGCGCUUCCCCGAGGGCUCAGCGGUAACGAAUCUGCCUGCACUGCAGGAGACUCGGGUGCCACCCCUGGGUCGGGAAGAUCCCCACGAGGAGGAAAUGGCAACCCACUCCAGUGUUCUUGCCUGGAGAAGUCCAUGGACAGAGGAGCCUGGCGGGCUGCCACCCAUGGGGUUGCACAGAGUCUGACGACUGAGCGACUAAGCACAAUGAAGCACUAAUCAAAGUCGGAUUCUGAAGCGAGUCCACGUGGGGCUUAUUAAACAACCGCUUCAGAGGCCACGCGGUGGCCUGAGGAAAGAUUUCACUGGACACCAUGUUUAAAGGAAGAAAAUUAGUUUCCUAUUUAAGUCUUAAGAAAACCCCAGAGUGUCCUGGGAUGUUUCUGUGUUAAUACAGAGGCACCCUGGGUUCUGGAUGUGGAAUCCACAGUGGAAUCGGAAAGCUCUGUAAGUUAAACAUGCUCAUUUACAUUUCAUGUAUAUAUUUUGUGCUUUUCGGUUUAAUUCGGUAUUUAUUUGCCUUGCCGAUACGUUGUUUUCUGAAAUUUCAAUAAAA